AUGUAUUUUCAAGUGCUCGAUUGAAACAUGAUAGCGCCACCUCACCCUGGUUGUGUUGAUCUGCCUUGGAAACUGUGAAUCGCUGUGGUCGACUGUUCCCUUCGUCCACAUUCCCACGAUGAGUAGGAGACGGCUAAGCGCAGGAGUGGCAGCUGAUCUGGCGGCGGCUCGAGAGCAGAACGCUUCCGAAGGGGUGCCACGACCUGAUAGGCCGAAGCUGAGGGGGAGCACGGCACCGAGCCCCAUGAGGCCGAGACAGGGCGUGGUCCUCUCCAAGCAGGCACGAGAACCUACAGUAUCUCCUAAGCGGCGCCGAGUGGACAGUCCCAACAGGCGGAUCUUGACACGGGCACACACUGGUCCAGUGUUCCAGAAAGAGCAAUUCCGGCAGCCACUAGCGCGCGUCAAUACUGUGGCAGGUGGCCGGGUGUCGGUCGCACAGCCGAGCCUGCGGCAUGGGAUAAAGGAUAUCUCUAUCAAGAAUGUAACUCAAGCCCCUUUGAAGCCUAUUGAGGAGCAGGAGAAUGUACCGCCAGAUGGAAAUCGACUAUCCGUGGGAUCGCUGGACUCGGUGUGCUUAUCAGAUGGGCAGGAGGUGGUCGAUCUUGGUGACGGUGCUGUGAGAGAUUCCUUCUUGUCCCAGGAGGAGCAGUUCUAUGAAGACUAUCAGGAUUCGCCAUCACCCAUUCUGCAACAGCAGCAGAUGUCACCAGAGGCGUUCUCGUAUCGGCCGCAUUCACAACAAGGGGUCUAUCAAGACCGAGGGUCCUCAGCGAGGAGCAUGGCCCCUACGGUCGACCUUGCCAACAGUGAGCCUGAGCCUAGCGCUUGGGAGUACAGCUUUGCAGCUCCCGGUGACCAAAGCGUUGCUGCGACUAUCUACAGCCCGAGGACGAGUGUAGCGGGAGAUGACGAGCUUGCCCAAACACAGUGGCAGGCUUCUCAACGCCUGCCAAGUUCGCAGGUUCCUCCUGCAGGGCAACAUCACACAUCACCAGAGUUCGGCUUCCGGCCGUAUGGGAAGACCGGACCUGUUCAAAACUACCGUCCGUCAGCACAAGGACACGCAACUGGUGCUGGUUGCAGCGCUGUAUCGUGGGAGACGAGACCGAUUAGUGGUGACUCGGUCAGCUAUGCUCCGUUCAAUGGCCAGACUCAAGCCCAAUCGGAGGUGGGCGAGCCGGACAGGGGUAUACACGAAUUGGAAGGGUACAGGUCGGACACAUCACAACGAGCACAGCCGCGGCAGCAGCAGCAGCAGCAGAAGCCUUUCACUCUGACUCAGGUUCAAAUGGGUGGAGAUACUCCGAGGUCCGAAGCAUCGUGCUCCAGUUAUUACGCUAAUCUCUUGGAUGCGGCCGCCACACAGGCUGCACAGCAACAAGCCCGACCCGAGGCAACGACCGUGCCGUCUCAUGCUGCGUUGGAAAGGGCUACAGCGCCUCUGGCGAGCCUCGCCUCGCAGGCCUACCAGCAGCGUCCACUCGACACAGGCCAGGCGAGCUACGUAAUGGGCGCCGGGUCGGGACCAUCGGGCUGGGGGCCGCCACAGAUCGGGCCCGGUACAGGAGAGGAGUUGCACACAAUGGCUACGGACAGGAUCCCGGGACGCGAUAGGCUGGCGGACAUUCCACUGAGUAAGGAAAUUGUUGGGACUGCAGAAAUAGCGGAGAAACUUGGUGAGAUCAUCGGCAAGCAUCUCCCAGGGGACGCCUACGACUAUCAUAUCUAUGUCGAGGCCUUCAACAAGUGA